UCGAUUUCUAUGCAAAAUAUAUUAAUUCAUUCGUGAGAUGCGGUCCAAAGUGAAUGGAUGGUCGAUUUGCGGUAACGGUAACAGAAAAUAGUGAAAUGUUAAGUUCUUUUAUAAAAUGAAUAAUUUGAAAAUGAACAACAUAUUCACUUAAAGUAUGAACGUCCCUGCGGUAGCGAUGGACCUUAGCUUCAAAUUGCCCCCAAAUGAAUUGAAUUACAACAACAGCAACGAACUAAUCUACAACGACACCUCAUACUACAACAUAAACAGCAACAAAACCGAGCAGGUGUUUAACAAAAUGUUAGAAAUCCAGAAUACCACCAACGUCUUACUAAAUGCCACCACGCAGAGCUUCAGCAAUCCCGAGAAUGAACAAUAUGAGGAAAUCGAUGAAUUAUCACCAGAACUACGCAGCUUCGUGCGCCUUGUUGUACCCUUCUGCUUUGGCAUUUUCGCAUUAUCCGGUUUCUUCGGCAACACUCUCGUCAUACUCGUCGUGCUCUUCAACCAACAAAUGCAUUCCACAACAAAUCUUUUGAUUGUCAAUUUAGCUGUUGCCGAUCUACUCUUCGUCGUCUUCUGCAUACCAUUCACCGCUACAGAUUAUAUAACGGAAUAUUGGCCAUUUGGGGAUUUAUGGUGUCGAACGGUACAAUAUUUAAUUGUGGUCACCACUUUUGCGAGUAUUUAUACGCUCGUUUUGAUGUCGGUAGAUCGCUUUUUGGCUGUCGUGCAUCCGAUACGUUCGCGCCAAUUGCGUACGGAGAAGGUGACGAAAAUCGCAAUUGCCACGCUGUGGGUGAUUAUUUUGACAAUAUCAUUUCCGGUGCCGUUGGUGCAUGGUUUGACAAAACUGGAACCGCAUCCGAAUGUCACCUAUGCCUUCUGCACCUUCUACGAGGACAAUUUCAUCGUCAACCAAACAAGUUACCAAAUUAUAUUCUUCGCCUGCACCUAUCUGCUGCCGCUAAUGGCAAUCAGUGGCCUUUAUGUGCGCAUGAUUAUGCGGCUGUGGCAUCAGGGUAGCGGUGUACAAAUGUCUGUUAAAUCCCAACGUGGCCGCAAGCGUGUCACACGUCUAGUUGUGGUUGUUGUUGUGGCAUUUGCAUCGCUAUGGCUGCCCGUGCAGCUGAUUCUACUGCUGAAAGCCCUCGAGAUUUAUCAUUCGAAUACGAAAAUCAAACUGCUACUGCAAGUCAUCGCCCAAACGUUGGCCUACAUGAGUUCGUGCAUUAAUCCGAUUUUGUAUGCCUUCCUCUCGGAUAAUUUUCGCAAGGCUUUUUAUAAGGCCAUACACUGCUCGGAAAGAUAUCAGAAUUACUCAUCGGACUUACCGCCACCCAGGCGCACAUCAUAUGCACGCACAUCGACCACAGGCUUGUGAGUUACCUGCAGAAGCAGUCACCAGCAGCCGCAGCAGUCGCAGUCGCAGUCGCAGUCGCUAGUCGGCGCAGUACAGCAGCGGCGGCAGCAGCAGCAGCCGGAGCCGCGGAUGGGUGCGCAGUGGGAGAGGGAGCGCGACCGCAUAGUAAGCGCUUUGUAUUGAGGCUCGACGGGGCGUAUGAGCAACAUUCGAUGGAGUUUAAACACAGCGCCGCAUCUCCCUUGGCCGACUGACUAAGUGAAGUAAAAAAUAAUGAUAAAUUAUGUCGCUUAAUGCCAACAACGUACGCCCGGCUCAUCCAGCUACUCUUUUGUGUGUGUGUGUUUUUUUUAUUAUUUUUUACUUAUUUUAUUUCUCUGUUGGGAGAGAGCGAAAUGCGCAUGUAAAUGUGAAAAUGUAAUGACAACAAACAAAUAAAUAAAUUUGUGUGGCGAAGAAAUCUGAUAAUAAGCGUAAAUAAUAGCCGCCGAGGCAAAAAAGUAUCAAACAAAAAACAGCUUCAUCAAAUAAAAAAAGCAAGUAAGAGAUGAAAGUGAAAAGUGGCUGUGAAAAGAAGUAGCUGAAAGUCGCUUUUGCCACGAAGCUCAAACCGGGGUUUCUUCUGCUUCAGCAAAAAAAAAAGAGGCAAAACUUUUACAACCAAAGAAAGCAGCAACAGCAGCAGUAACAGCAGCAACAACAACAACAACAGCAGUAGCCAAUUAUUUCUGCUGUAAUUAACGCACUCUUGCCUUUCAAGGCGAAGAUGAUGCAAAAGCAGAAAGUGAAGUCAGCCUUUGCUCGCCAAUAAAGGCAUAAAACGAACUCUGCAUCUACCCGUCUGCCGGACUCUCAGUUAUCACGUAUCUACUACCUACUCAUUAUCAGCAGCCUUCGAAAAGCGCCACAGACGUUCAAGCCGAUUUGUUUGAUGAUAAGUGACGAGUACUGACCACUGAUGGGCAAUGAAAGGCCCUCAAUUUGCUGUGCUCGCCACUCAUUUGUCGAAAUUUUCGAAAUUGGCAAUAUUGGCGACACGAAUGAGGGGCGUAGGCAAAAAGCGGAAGCGCACAUAUACAUAUGUAUAAAUCUAAAUUUGUAUUACAGCAAAUUCACACACUAUUCUACGUAAAUAUAUAUACAUAUAUAUAAAGAUAUUUCUAAUGUACAUUUGCUCUCUUCUCACCUCUUUGAUUGAUGGCUUUCAGUUAUAGUCUUCUGCAAAUACAAACAGCGAAAAAGCAAAAAACCAACAACAACAAUCACAUACAAAUCCCUACACAAUUAAGUGCAUAAUGUUUUGACAGUUAGCUUAUUGUAAGCCUUUGUUUAUUUACUUUUUGUUGCUGUCAACGACUGCUUAUCACAAAAUGCUGCUUUAGGUUGCUUAAACUAAAUUUAAGAGAGUGUUGCAAGGAGAGCGAGCGCGUAAAAUUGUUUUUGUACUAACAAGUAAUUUAUAGAGAUUAUUAAGCGGAGGAUAAAAUAGUGUAUUUAUUUAUAUUUAUUUUAUAAAUAUUCUUUAUAUUUUUUUGCUACAAGCAUAUGA